AUGGCUAUCCCAGUGGUUGAUUUCUCCAAGGUUGGCAAUGGUGCUAGUCCUGAGGAAAGGGCUGCAACCAUGGCUCUCAUUGCCAAGCACUGUGAGGAGUGGGGAUUCUUUCAGCUGGUGAACCAUGGGAUCUCAGAGGAGCUCCUUGAAAGGGUGAAGAAGGUCUGCACAGAGUUCUUCAAGCUGGAAAGAGAGCAGAAUUUCAAGCAAUCCCCACUGUUCAAAUCCCUCAGUGAUCUGCCUGAUGGCCAAAAGCUGGAGAAUGUUGACUGGGAAGAUGUCAUCACACUUCUUGACCACAAUGAGUGGCCCUCCAAAACCCUUGGAUUCAAAAUUUCCUGUUUACAUUUCAGGGACACAAUGGCAGAGUACAGGGCAGAGCUGAGGAAACUUGCAGGGCAAGUAAUGGAAGUGAUGGAUGAGAAUUUGGGUUUACCAAAAAGUUACAUCAAGAAUGCAUUCAACAGUGGUGGAGAGGAAGCCUUCUUUGGGACAAAAGUGAGCCACUACCCACCCUGCCCCAAGCCCGAGAUGGUGAACGGGCUGAGGGCCCACACCGAUGCAGGCGGGGUGAUCAUGCUGUUCCAGGACGACGUCGUUGGAGGGCUCGAGGUGCUGAAAGACGGGGAGUGGUUCGAUGUGCAGCCGAUGAGGAACAGCAUUGUGAUCAACACCGGGGAUCAGGUCGAGGUGCUGAGCAACGGCAGGUACAAGAGCGCCUGGCAUCGAGUCCAGGCGAAGCCAGAUGGCAACAGGAGGUCGAUCGCGUCGUUCUACAACCCGUCGAUGAAGGCCACCAUUGCUCCAGCUCCACAGCUUGUGGAGAAUGGUGGGGUGGGAGUUGAGGCCUUUGGGUACCCUGAGUUUGUGUUUGGGGACUACAUGUCUGUUUAUGCAGAGCAGAAGUUUGACCCUAAGGAGCCAAGGUUUCAGGCUGUUAGAGCCAUGUGA